AGUUUCAUGUGACGGAAGUGACGUUGUCUCAAAUUCUGACCAAUCAACAGCCCCGACUCAAAAUUCGAACGUCAACUGGCGUCGUGACGAUGCAAGCAACGCUGUUUUAAAAUGGAAUAACUGUUUUAUUUAUACCUUACAUCUUUUUUGAAGCGAUAGUUAACAUUCACAAACCGCCUGGUGAUAUACUCGUGCUGGUAAGUCCAACUUUACGGCACACUGCAGACGGCUUGUUGGAUAACGUGAACGGUAAAUGUCGAGCUAACGUAGCUAGCAUGUUAGCCUAGUCGUUUGUUUUGGUGCAUAAUAUCACUGCGCUACGAUGUUGAUAUGUUUGAUAAAGUAAACACAUUUUUAACUAAUCAAAAAUCCCAAGCCAUGACGAAAGAACGGGCCCAGAAGAAGUCAUUUCAGCAGAGUCUGGAGGACAUUAAGGAGAAGAUGAAGGAAAAGAGAAACAAACGGCUGGAGAGUGCCUCAGCUCCCAACAGAGGAAGGUUAAUACAAAUCAACACAAACAGUGUGGUUCAAUCUGCCAGCACCCUCCUGCUCGGGGUCCAGCAGAACAACAAGAUGCUGGCAGUAGCUCUGCAAGCUGAAAAGGAAAAGCUGGGUCAUGCUAAUGUAAUGAUUCUGCAGCUGAAGAGGGAGCGACAGGCCCUGUUCCUUCACCUCAUUCUGCUCAAGAGGAAGCUCAAAGAGCAGGAAGCUGCAGCGUUAGAGACUUCAACCGUUGCUGAACCCAAGUACCAUGUGGAUUUACCAGGGAGAAAGAGGAGCAGCCAGAACCUUGAAAAGCCCAGUGUGUUUAAAGCCUCACCAAUUUGUACAGACCCUCAGCCCUCUGAAAGGAAUGCACAAUCUGAAAGGCAGAUUACCUUGCCAUCUACGGUGGUUGUGAGGCGAGGCCAUGCGGAUAGAGAAAGAAGGAGGAGGUCUGAGCGUGUGCAACAAAACUUGUCCCACAUCGCAGGCUUGGAUACUUUGAUUGCAAGUCCAAUUCGCAGUGAUGUUGAAAAUACAAAUCAGCCACAGCGCGAACCAGAGCCAGAUUUAGCGGACCCCGUUGACACUGUGGAGUUUCAGCAUUCUACUCCUGAACCUGUCCCACCAAAGGAAAACAACCAGCAGCGUCGAAGCAGUAAAAGAACUCAGCAGACGCCGUCCACAAAACCAGUACCUGCUGCACAGAAACCAGAGAGAGGCCGCAAAGCAGACCGAGUCCCGUUAAAGAAACCUUGGGACAAACCCAGAACUCGCUCCAAGAGUCGGGACCGGUCCGCAACAAGGGCCAAAACAGGUCCUCUGUCACAAGGGAAUAAGCUCAACACCUCACUGGGAUUUAACAACACGUUUGACUUCGACUGUGAAGAGGCGGUUCAUGUCACACCGUUCAAGGCCAAGGCCGAGGACAACCAGCCGUCCACGCCUGUCAGGGAGGAGACUCCACAAACUGAAGCUCUACCUGUAGUUUCCAAACAGGAUGAGUCCAGUCCUUCUUCGUCAUCUUCUGAAUCAGAGGACAGUCUUUAUGUCCCUGAGCGGACCAGAUGGAGACAGACUUCACCUGACAAGUCCAAAAAGAUUACCACUCGAACAGGGCGGCGGGCCUCUGAAGUCAUCAGGCAGAAGAAAAGCGUCCCUUUGCAACAGGAGAUCCUUGUUUUCAGAGACGAGGCUGCAGAGCCUGAGAUGGAAGAAGCUCCUAACAGCCCUGACCCAGCCAUCUUGAGACAGGUCAAUAACCGUGAUUUUUCAGAACCUCUCCCAGGGGUUAGUGAGAAGGAUUGUUUGCCGUCCGUCAGCCCUCUGGUUAAAGAGGAGAUGAAGAGGAUAAACAGCGUCCUGUCCAGUUUUGGAGAUUCCUCUGGGGAAGGGGCUCCUCUUCUACCCCACAAAACCCUCAAGACAUGCAAGAAGCGUGGGCUUGGUGUAAGGACAGCAGAGCGGGGCUUGAGUCUGUGUGAUGUGACCAAUAUGUCCCCUGCAGCCCAUCGCCCGUUCUUCAUGAUCUCCGAGGCCCUGUGCUCCACUCCUGUUCCUGCUCGCAAGAGGCGCUACACCAGCGUCGUGGACUACAAGGAACCCACCAUAAAUGCGAAACUUCGGCGCGGAGAUAAGUUCACCGACCUGCAGUUCCUCCGCUCUCCUAUUUUCAAGCAGAAGUCUCGCAGGACGUCUGUGCCGAAAUCAAGGAAUUCAAAUAAUGGCCAGUUGAGAAAUGCAAUGUGUCAUUUGUUGAAUUAAUAGCUUUCACAAGUGAUCAUUUUUUUUUCUUCUCUAGGUUAUUUCUUUAUGUGAACUACUGUGAUCAUUUUCAGAUGUUAUUUUAUUGACUAUGUUUGCUGCAAAACGUAUUUUAAAUUCUCCUUGUAAUCUUUAGCUAAAUGUAUUAAUGGCUUUUUUUACGAUUUCCAAAUUCUAAUUGCCAUUUGUCUUAAAUUCCGUGUGGUUUUAUUAAAACAUCCUGACUAAAGUCAUAUUAUACUAUGACCGUAUUAAGGCAUUUUAUAACAUACUGUCAUAUGAACUUUGCAUGUGUACAUAUGCUAUGACAUUUUAAGUUAACUUACGACAUACUGUGUGCUUUUUUCCUGAAUUUUACGACACUAUGACUUUUUUCAGAAUUGUAUGUCAUAAGGGAUUUUUUUUUUACAACUAUGACCUUUUAAAUGAAUUUACGAUUAAUGAAUUGUACUAUUACUAUUAAACCAUCAUCACUGCGAUAAUUUAGCAUUGUUAAACAUGUAUUUCAUUCAAAUGUGUUCCUGAUGUGAAUCCAGUGGAGAGAGGUAUGUUGCUGUAACUUCAGGAUUGUUGCAGAAACACUGAGAAUGAGAUGAGCUUUGAAAAACUACAAACACUAAAUUAGCCUCACUUCUGUUUUAUUCAGUCUAUAAAAUAGGCUAAUACUAUGUCAUUAAAACCAGUCGUACAAAGA